AUGACGACAAUCAGUUGGUAUUAUGAACUCGUUGAAAUGCUUUUCCGUAAUGUAUCCAUAUUGCUAAUGUCAUUGAUAGUUUGUGCACUUGUUUCUUGCAAGUAUUAUAGAAAACCGAAGGAUCCAAAAUUCAUUGAUGAAAAUGACCCUCAUGCUAAAACGUUGUAUAAUAUUAAAACCGAUAUUGCGUUCCCGAAAAGGGUAUUGAAAGAAAAGCGGCAAGAGCCUCGAACAGAUAUGAUCGCCAUGAGUUGGAGUGAAGAAUAUGAAAGCAACAUGCCACCAUCUCUUUCGCAAUCAUCUCCCCCAAUAUUCUUAAAUUCCAAAAAAUACUUGAAAUUGAAGAGCUACGGCGAUGUGCAAGAACAAAGUUCAUUAGACCCACAAAAUCCACCACUAUCGCAACAGAUGUCGCUUAGGUUACAAAAUAAUGCAAACGUAUCUGUUACCCAAAGAACAUGA